AUGAACAGAGUUCCAAGAUAGAGAAGCUCCUACCUCCUUUGAGUUCCCCAUCACUGGUCUGCAGCCGCACACUUUGUACUGUGUUCAGAGUGUGGGUCAGUACCGGGAGAUACCCGGGAGGACGGUAGCAGGAGGAGAGGUUACUCCUGGACUGGGACAUGCCGAGGAGGAAGCAAGAACUCUGGCAACCCUGUCUCUUACUGCUACUCACAACAACCAACCAUUGUUUUUCACUGAUGUUAUCUCACAACCCGAUGGUUCAGGGUUCAUAGUUAUAAUCUGUCACGGCCCUGGUAAUCUUAUGUGGACUAGCUCAAAUAGAGCCCUCAUACCUACCAACCAGAGUGGAACUUUGUUUCAAAUGUUUGACAGUAUUGGUGAACAAGUCUCUUUGAUAUUCCGGAGUUUUUCUUUUAAUGAAGUGGCAGUGUAUACGUGUGAGAGCUCUUUGAGCGAUAUCCUAUUACUGAGAGUGUCCUUGUCACUACCUCUGAUCCAGCUGUCUUCAUUGGUACCACAGUCAUAAAGGUUCUGGAGGGGGAUUCAGUAUCUAUCGAGGCAGGUAUUUACUCUUCUAGCCCGUCUGAAGUACAGUGGUUUCUUGGAAUGCAGUUUCUUGAUAUUGGUAGCGACCCCCAGCUUUCUCAGACCAUCGAGGGGAACGUUUACACACUAAACAUUGCUAGUAUCAACAGUCAACGAGUGGGCCUGUACUCUGUCGUGGUGAAUCGCAAUGGGCAGACUGCUUUUGAUGAUGUCACCGUUUCAUAUUCAUCUACAAGUGGGUUCAACUCCGUGAUAAUCAGCGUCGUCGUUGUCAUGGUGGUGGCUGCUCUUGCUCUUGCUCUACUGGCUAUAGUUUGCUGUGUCUGUAUUAGAAGGUCGAGAGGAAACAGAGUAGAAAUGCGACGAGUGUCUACUAAAAGAAUGAGGAAGCUGUCUGAUCAAAGCACUUUUUUGGAUUAUCAAAUGCAAGAGAUUGUGAAGUUUGUUCCAGAAUCAAUGAGAAUUCCCAGCUCAAAUCUAAAAUUGCAAAAUGCAGUCGGUCAAGGAGCCUUUGGGAUUGUGUACAAAGGACUACUAAUGGACUGGAACAACAUUGCCAUGAGGGGCGUGGCUUUGAAAACACUGAAAGGUAUAUUCACUCCCAAUGACGUAGAGAGCAUGGUGAGUGAGAUCUCCAAGAUGCAAGAGUUCCACCACCCUCACGUUAUGCCCCUUAUUGGAGUGUGUCUCGACGCUGGACCUGGUGUUUCCAUAGUGAUGCCGUAUAUGACUUACGGGAGUCUACUAGACUACUUGAAGAAAGAGAGAUCUACACUAGAGUUGGCAGAGGGAGAUAAUUCUGAUAAGGUAUUUUCUGUCAGAAAGCUGCUGUUCAAGAUCUGUCAUCAGAUAGCUCUUGGAAUGGCAUAUCUUGCUCAAAACACAUUCGUCCAUCGAGACCUGGCUGCCAGAAACUGCAUGUUGGAUUCAAAUGGUGACGUCAAAGUGGGUGAUUUUGGCCUUGCUGAGGAUGUGUACAGUACUGGUUACUUCAGACAAAGUGAUUCCGAGAGGGUCAAACUUCCAUACAAAUGGUUGGCACUGGAGAGUUUAAACGAUGCCAUCUUUAACGAGAAGACUGACGUGUGGUCGUAUGGUGUGACCGUGUGGGAGGUCUUCAGUGGCGGCCGGAUCCCCUACCCUGCAUUGGACCCAAUGUCUCUAGUGGCUCUACUCAGAGAGGGCAGGAGAUUGGAGCCUCCUCAGAAUGUUGCCUGUUCUACAGAAAUAGUCUCAUUAAUGGCUAGAUGUUGGUGCGAGAAUUCUGAAAACAGGCCAUCAUUCGAUGAGCUAGCAGCUGAAUUGGAUAGAGCUCUGACCACCAUGGUUGGCUACGUGGAGCUAAACAUGGAGCUAAAAGUUGCCAUUCCCGAGGAGGAACUCGAGUAUGAUUACGUUUUGUCACUUGAAGGACAGAUAAAGCUUGCCAAGGCUUCCACUGAGGAGGUUGCCAUGGAGACAAAUGCUGCGUACGGGUUAAGAGCCAAAGAUCAGUUACAAACUGAAGAAGUACUCGUGGAGGCUUAUGGAAUAAGAAAAGAUCUUGAACUGAACAUGGAGAUAGUUGCAAUCACUGAGGAUGAAUCCGAGUGUGACUUCGUCCUCUCGCCUAAAGAACAGAUGAAGCUUGCUGAGGCUACGACUGAGGAGGUUGUCAUGGAGACAAACGCUGCAUAUGGGUUAAGAGCCAGAGAUCAGUUACAAACUAAACAAGUACUCACGGAGACUAAUGUCGCUUAUGGGAUAAGAAGUGAACAGGAAAAUCUAGCCAAACGAGUUAUUGAAUUGGCCGACCUUUUCACCAGUGAAUCACAAAAACCACUACGGAAUGGCUAUCGAGGGUACAACGUUGAUCAACACCACUAAUCUACUUAUGUAUGAACGAUACUUAUGUAUGAACGAAACUUUUAACCUUUAUAGUGCAAUAUUUUUUCAUUGUUUGU